AUGGCUAUUCGUUUGUCAUCUCAAUCGACUGCGAUGUUAAACCUGAUGAACACUUUGGCACAUGAUACAGAUCUUCCAUUCAACGCUAAAUUUCGUGUUCAACUCCGACCUGCAUCAUUUUAUAAUAAAGAUAAAGAUAUUCAAUAUCAGUUAUGGGAGUUGAGAAUGAAUGUUGAUCCAGUCAGUUGGUUUGAUUUACAAUGGCGUCAAUGUGAUGACAAUGAAGAAUAUCAACAUAAAUGUCUUGCAAAAAAAAAAAACUCGAUAUGUGCCGAUCAUCCUAAACAUUCUACAAUUGUAUGUCGAACAAAAGCGAAACGACAACGAGAUGAUGAUAUUCGUCCUUAUGGUCAAUAUCUAAUUGAAGAAUUUAUUGUAUCAACAUUUGAAAUAUUUUCUUUUCUUAUUACUAGUCAUGCCGCAGUUGAAAGAUGCAAUGUAUAA